CCAGAGCAGACCAUCAGUUCAUCACUCACACUCACACGUCCCAAAGAGCAAGAACACAGGAAGAGUUCAGACAUGAGCGUGGAGAUCCUUGACGGCAGCACGGUCCGGAGCUUCGUGGAGGACGAGAGCGCCUUCAACUCGUCGGUGGACGGCCGGUUCGCCGCGCUGGACGCCGACCACGACGGCCUGCUCUCCUACGAGGAGAUGGCCGGAGAGCUCAUGAGCCUCCGGGUGCUCGAGAAGCACUUCGGCGUGGACGAGGCCGCGAUUGAGCCCCACGAGCUCGGGGCGCUGUACCACGGCCUGUUCUCGAAGUUCGACAGGGACGGCAGCGGCGAGGUGGACCGUGACGAGUUCCGUGCGGAGAUGAGGGAGGUGAUGCUCGCUGUGGCCAACGGGCUCGGCUUCCUCCCCGUGCAGAUGGUCAUCGAGGAAGGCAGCUUCCUCAAGGUGGCCGUCGACAGGGAGCUCGGCCAGCUCGCCAAAGCUGCGUAAAGCUCACAGUCACAUGGACAUGGACUGAUGGAUCACUACUCGCUCGGAGUAGUAUAGAUUACUAAAUUUUGAAGUGUCGUAAUUGCAAUGUUUACAUCGAGUUACAGUGUUACUACGAAAAUAUGUAGUGUAUUUCAUCCAUGUUGUUUAUUUCAUUACACAAAGACAUUAUACAU